GAUGCGAUUUUCAUUUUAUGAUUUACGAGCGACAUUGCCAAUCAAUUGAAUUUAAAUGUCUUAAAAAGCUUCCAGCAAACCAGAAGGCAGUAUUGACGUUGGAUGACCGGUCAACAUAGGGGCACACACCGGCUAAAACACGUAGCAGACCACUAUAGGGAAAAAAAACAAUGAUAUUCUGACUGCGGAGCUUUUUCGGUCGGCUCCCAAGGGUUUCUGCUUUCCGUGGGUGUACUCAGAUAUUUCCCUUUUAAUCGAGCUUUAAUUAUUCUGGAACUACUUAAAAUCUCUCUUUAUACUAGCUCCAAAUCAAGCGGGGGAAUUUUGAAGGGAUCGAAGGCCGUUUAAGCUGAGUAUUUCCGAAAUAUUUAGCAGAGGGAACUCUGGAGGACUCGCGGAUAUUGUGUGCUUGGGCUAAAGAUGGAAAAUGCGGAAACUGUUGUAGCGGAUGGAGAGGCUGGGGUUAAAAUUGGAGGGGAUUUAGAGAAGGGCCACAAUUUUCGGGAAAACUUAGAUGACUUAGCAGGAGACAAGGAUUCGAAACCCGCCGAAAAGAAUAUUUGUCCAAAUGAGCAGCCCUCGCUGAGAAGUGUACUCACAGACCCUCUCACGGGAUUACUGAUGGAUGAUGCAAUGGUAGCGCAAUGUGGGCAUUCAUUUGGUCUUCGUAGUCUGCAGCAUGUGUUGGAAACAAAUCUGUGCAUAAGCUGUGGUGGACUUGUUCCUCCCGAAUCAUUGGUUCCAAAUUAUGCUUUGCGAGCUGCCGUGGAAGCUUAUGGACAAGAAGAUGCUUUGUCAAGGAAAGGACUCCAAGGAAUUAACAGACAGAGGCAAUGCGAGCAGACUAAUGUGUCUCAGUGCAAAUCUGUCAGCAAGACUUCGCUGGCUCAUCUCAGCCAUUCUGAUGAUUGUGCUGAAGGUGGAUCUGAUUCCAAGGAAGAUAAGGAUGCCUUUUUAGUGGAUGAUCGGGUUAUUAUAAAGGCUAAUAAUCACGUACCGGAUUGUUCUGUUUGCCGACCAGCAGUUAUAACUGCAAAGGCCUUGUAUGGAUGGUAUACAGUGAAGACACUAGACAUUGGAGAAAGUCUCCAGUUACCUUAUCGUUUUCUGCAGAAAGUAGGAGAGGGUGAGAUGGUGAAGAAUCCCGAGCCAGGAUCAUGUCUGGGUGAACAUAUAGAUGUAAUUCCAGAAGUUGACCCUUCUGAUGUUGAUAAAGGGAAGGGAAGAAUACUUAAUGGUCAGACAUCUAGCAAUUCCUUUCAUGAUCUUGCUGGAGAUCAGGAUGUACCAAAGUUAUUAGAAAUACAUGUUAAUGGAAACGAGCAUGAAAAUUCAGAAGAUGAUAGUGGUGUUAGCAAGAUGGCCAAAGUUCCUUCUCAGUCAAAGCAUGAUGGAGGUGGUGAUGAUAUUGGUACAGGGACUAAUCACUUUAGCCCUGAGGUUACUUCAGGUCCAUCAGGAGCAGAUACUGAUAUUGGAGAAACAAAGAGACCGAAAAGGGGAAGAGGCAGCGAUGGUUGGCAAGCUGGUGGGAUUCUUGGAACCCAAGCUGGUUUAGAUGUUGUAACUGUGAGAUCAAAACGAAGUUCCCUUGUUACAAGAGGUUCCAACUUCAGAAGUGGAUGUUUAUCAUCACCGGGUCCCAAGGCAUUUAUUUCUGGUGCACGAAAACGAUCUUGUAUUGGAAAUGGAACUACACUUCAUCCACUGGUUGAGAAAACGAGGGAAGUGAGCUCCUUGAAGACAGUAGACACCAAAGAAACAGUUGAUGUCAAGUGUGAUGUAUCUAAUCCUGGAACAAUUCAAUUGGAGGUAUUGCAAAUGAUAAAAAAGGGCAUGGCUAAUUUAGAGAAAGACAUUCCUUGGAUAUGCUUCCAAAGAGUUUGGAGGAAACAGCGGUCUCCUUGGUAUAAGGGGCUAAGAGAAUCUACUACUCUUCAGGAGUUGGGAAUCAAACUUAAAGAGCUCCGCAGUUCAUUGCUUUUGGCAUCUGCAGGUGGGAUGCCAGAUGAAGAAUGGGAGAAGCAAUUAAAUACUGCCAAGGAUUCAGAAAAUACUGAUUUGUUAAUAUACCUUUGGAGGAACUUUAAUGAUGAUGUUUCAAAAUGGAUGACAGCGAAAGCUAAGAGAAAUCAAGUGCACUUGAAUGAAAAAAUUGAUGAUGAUGAAUAUGCUGACCUGAAGAAGUUGUUUCCCACCCUUUUAAUUGAAGGUUUUUCUCCUGCUGGAGUCACAGCUGCGGCUGCUAUUGCUGCUGCUGAAGCUUUUUCACACGAGGGUUCCAAAAAUACAGAAGUACUCAUAAAAGUGCCCAUGAAACUUAUUCGUCAACAUAAUCACCAUGAUCUGAUAGUUUUGCGGGAAGCACUUGAAAGAGAAAAACGGCAUAUAUCCGCAAAGCUUGCAGUGUUGGAAACAAAAGAAUGUAAAAUCAUGAAUGGAUUUGGAGAAUCAGCUGGUAGCGAGGAAAGUAUGGAUAUUAAACGUUGUAAGAUUACGACAUAUGAUGAUGAUCCACAUAAAAUGCAUGUAUCAAUCAUGUCAGAUCCUUCCUCGGAAUUCCAUGAAGAUGCUAUGUCACAGGAGUUGUAGCUUUAUGGUGAUUUUGUGCAGUGCAAGUCCAGUGUAAUUUAUGGUUCUUGGAAUCAAGCACAUUUAUUUUUCAGGAACUUAGGACCUGAAAUUCCUCUGCCACAUUUCUACUUGAAGUCAGUAUAACAUGUAGUUUGCAUGGUGGGAGGUUGUCUUUGAUUACGGUUUCAUUUGUAUCUAUAAGAGAUGCUGAAAAUACAAGCUCUCUCCACAGCAAAAUUCUUCCUUCUGUAACAUGGUUAAGUACGAAAUUUACUGUCAAAUUAUGGUGUUAUUUAUCCAUUCUUUGUUGAGACAGCCAUUGUGUACAAUGUGUAAAUUUCUGAAAUAUUUCCUCACCAGUGGGGUUAAUGCUUUUAAUCUUUAUAAAGUAUUGUUACUUACUAGAACUUCUUGGAAUUGCCAUUGUUGUAACACGAGUGCAAAAGUGGUUUAUAAAUAAGUAUGAUUCAAGAAUUUUUUUCUGCUUUCAGUUGGAGGCAUGGGGCUUUCCUAUUUGUAUUGACAAACAGUGGAUCUAUCAAAAUCUUUAGUUUGUUUAAUAUU